AUGAGCUGCUUCUCCUGCUUCGGCCCGGCCCUCGAGGCGGAGGGCGGCAAGCCGGGGCCCGACGCCAAGGACCCCCGCGCCAAGGACGGCGCCGCGCCGGAUCGCACCGGAUCAGAUAAAUUGAGGCUGCAGGGUGGAUCAGACCCUAAGAAUAAUCAUCUAACCAUCCCUCGGGAUGGGAGCAGCCAAAACAUUGCCGCGCAGAUUUUCACUUUUCGUGAGCUUGCUGCUGCCACUAAGAACUUCAGACAAGAUUGCAUGUUGGGCGAGGGAGGUUUCGGACGUGUAUAUAAAGGUCGCCUAGAGAGUGGGCAGGCUGUUGCUGUGAAGCAACUUGAUCGUGACGGGCUCCAAGGAAAUAGAGAAUUCCUUGUUGAGGUCCUCAUGCUCAGUCUCUUGCAUCACACUAACCUUGUCAAUCUAAUUGGUUAUUGUGCUGAUGGUGACCAACGCCUCCUUGUUUAUGAGUUUAUGCCACUGGGCUCAUUAGAAGAUCACUUGCAUGAUGUGCCACCUGAGAAGGAACCUCUUGACUGGAACACACGGAUGAAGAUAGCUGCAGGUGCAGCCAAGGGCUUAGAGCAUCUUCAUGACAAGGCCAGCCCUCCUGUUAUUUACCGGGAUUUCAAAUCGUCAAACAUUCUUCUUGGUGAAGGGUUUCACCCAAAGCUGUCUGACUUUGGCCUUGCAAAACUCGGUCCAGUUGGUGACAACACUCAUGUUUCAACACGUGUGAUGGGAACUUAUGGCUACUGUGCCCCAGAAUAUGCUAUGACUGGGCAGCUCACAGUGAAAUCGGAUGUCUAUAGCUUUGGCGUUGUUUUCCUUGAACUGAUUACAGGGCGCAAAGCAAUCGACAACACCAAACCCCAGGGGGAGCAAAACCUGGUGGCAUGGGCUCGCCCACUCUUCAAGGAUCGCAGGAAGUUUCCUAAGAUGGCUGACCCAAUGCUUCAAGGCCGGUUCCCUAUGAGGGGUCUGUAUCAGGCUUUAGCUGUUGCUGCCAUGUGUUUGCAAGAGCAAGCCACAACCCGUCCUCAUAUAGGAGAUGUUGUCACUGCUCUCUCAUAUCUAGCUUCUCAGACAUAUGAUCCAAAUGCCCCAACUCAACAUACUCGGAGCAAUUCAUCAACCCCUAGGGCCAGAAAUGUUGGUGGGCGGAACAGCGAACAGCGCAACGGCCGCUCACCAAAUCAUCUUUCUCCCAGGACAUCAAAGCACGGAGGGGAGGUCAGCCGGACUAGUUCUACUGGUGGUGAUUCUGGCCGUAGGUCAGGAUUGGAUGAAAUUGACAUGGCAGGAUCACAGGCAGGCAGUCCAGCUCAGACAGGAAGGAAGAGAGAAACCCCAAGGAUUGCUGACAGGCAGCGCGCCAUUGCAGAUGCUAAAAUAUGGGGGGAGAACUCCAGGGAGCGGAAGCGACCGAAUGGCAGCUUUGAUAGUACAAAUGAGUAA